ACUGUGCAACUUUGGACGAGUCCUUCCCUCGGUGGCCCGCAUCCCCACACCCUGCUCUCACCCACUGUGCUUCCUCCCCUCCAGGAGGGUGGACGUGCUCCUCAUGACUCCCUGGUUUGCUCCCAUCAUCUGGGACGGGACCUAUGACUCUGACAUCCUGAACGCACAAUUCAAAAACACCACCAUCGGGGUGGUGGUGUUUGCUAUCAAAAAAUACGUGGUCUUCCUGAAGCUGUUCCUGGAGACGGCAGAGAAGUACUUCAUGGUGGGUCACAGGGUCAUCUACUACAUCUUAACCGACCGGCCGGCGGACGUGCCCCAGAUCCCCCUCCAGGAAGGAAGGCGAGUGGUGAUCCUCCAGGUCCGAAACUACACGCGCUGGCAGGACGUGGUCUUGCACCGCAUGGAGAUGAUCAGCAACUUCUCCCAGCAGCGCUUCCUCCAUGAGGUCGAUUACCUUGUGUCCGCGGACAUCGACAUGAAGUUCAGCGACCACGUGGGUGUGGAGAUCCUGUCGUCUCUCUUUGGCACCCUCCAUCCCGGUUUCUAUGCCAGCGAUCGCCGGCGUUUCACCUAUGAACGCCGCCCAUUGUCUCAGGCCUACAUUCCGGAGGACGAGGGUGAUUUUUACUAUGCAGCAGCCUUGUAUGGGGGG